AGCUUUGACACCACACGAACAAUGGCGGAGUUAGACCAAAACUGACCAGAGAAGAGGACUUUCCUAACUGACCUUUGUAUUCAAGAGGGGUUCAUGAUCAAUUUGAAUUCUGGACCUAGUGAACACAUCAUUUGAGUUGAAAAUUUGAGACAACUUACAUCAUGCUGUCCAAUUGUUACCAAAAGUUCUACACUAACCAGAUCCACUCCAGCUCACUGUUGUAUCAGCUGUCUACCAUGUGGAAGAGCCAGGUGCUCUGUGAUGCCAUCAUCAGAUCAGGAUCCACGGUUAUCAAAGCCCAUCGUGUAAUUUUAGUAGCUGCUUGUCCAAUGUUACAGUCCAUGGAAAAGUCUUCAGUGGGCUCCCAUCUGGAGGUCCGUCUGGCAGCAGACAUUGCAGCAGAUUCCAUAAACACAUUCCUACAAUAUCUGUAUGAAGGCUUCAUGAUGCUUACUGAGGAGAACUGUAAAGAAGUGGAGAAAAUAGCCAGACUGCUACAGGUCGAUAGUGUUAUCAAGUGUUGUGCAGACUUCAGUAAAUGUGUAAGCUUAAAGACCGGGACUGGAAACUUCAGUAAUGAACAGUAUCGCUAUACAUUCCAUGACAUGAUCGAGUUCCGUCACGUUAGAUCUUCAGACUUACAGAAAACAGUGCAGGACAAACUAAAGAGGCCAUCCACAGAUUUCCUCAGAGCGGGUAGCCCAAGCACGAAGAGACCUAAGCAUUUCAGGAUCGGAAGCCCCUCGGAUAUUUCAGUGAUCGCAGAUAGGUUAUCGAUGGCUCAGAGUUACGCACAGCAAGAAAAACACAUGAAUCACUCUGGUGCAGUGAACUCUAGUCAAAGAUCAAACAGUGGUUCUCAGAAACAACCUGUGUUCCCAGUGGAGAUUGUGGAGGACAGUAUAGAACUUGUGCAGACAGAGGUCAACCCAGACACAAACACUAUCAGUGUGGAUGAAGCAGUGUCUGUAGGAAUCGCCAGUCAGAUAGACAAUUCUUCGGAUUUACAGGUCAUUGACAUAUCAAAAGAAAAAUCAAAACACCCAAGUGCUAGCAACAAUAGUGCAGCCCUUUCCCACCAUUCCCAUGACUCCAUAACUGUGAAUCCUCUGGAAAACUUUGCCAACACAGACGGUGCUCUGUCAAAUCUGAGAGAUUCUUCAUUUCCUCCACCUUUGACUUCACAUCGCCCAUUAUCCACAUCCUCAUCCAGACACGGUGAGGACGUACCCACUCUGCGUAGGCCAAAAGCAACGGAGCGACCUCCCGAUUCCUUGCCAUUACCGGUACAAGCCAUGCAGCACAUGACAAGGUCUACAAAUUCUUCCUUAGUUCCUAGCAGUCCAGUUCUAUCAAGUCAAGAUAUUCAGGGAGGCAGAUCAAUGUUUACAACUCCUGUCACUUCAGAGAGGGGGAGUAAGUCAGGCAGGCCUGGUGCUUCCCAGACAAAUGAAGCAAGGAAAGAAAAAAGCUCCCUGCAUGGUGAACCUGACCUCAGUAUUGUAAAGAAUGAGGCUAUGGACAAUGACGGCCCAUAUGUUUUUGGGGAUCAAACUAUGUGGGUGGAUCCAAAUUUCAAAGAGCAUGGUUGGAUAAGCACACCACAUCGAGCAACCGAGGUUCUCACCCAACUGGCCAUGUAUGCAGCUCCACCUAGUGGUGGUCUGACCCCCAUAGAACCCCCUCCUCUUUCUGUGUAUGUCACGCCACCAAACGGAGGCAGUAGCAGACGCAAAAAGAAAAAGCAUUUUGAACCUGUAAUUGAUUACAAAGAGAGUAUAAUUGGCAAAGAGGAUGACAAAUCUAUGGAUGAUUCGGUAUCUGCUGAUGGUGAAUUAAUGUCGGCCAGCAGUCUUGUGUCCACAAUGACUGAAAACGAGUUUGCUCAACUGUCAAGUAUGAUUCCUUCGUUCAGUGAUGUGAGUGUCCAUUGCACCGAGAGUUUGCAAGGCAAGCAAAAGAACUGUGUCCUCUGCAAGUAUUUGGGCAGAAAGACCAACGAGGGGCUCCUAAAGGUUAGGACGAGAGCCAAGUGUAAUGCCUGUGAUACCCCCUUAUGCAAAGGACCCCCAAGGAACUGUUUCCGUGACUUCCAUGAAUUGUACAAGAAAUUCAAAUUUCCUGACUUAAAGUGGAGCCAUGCUUCAGUGUAUCAGUACCCAGGAAGAGGAGCCAAUGCUCGGUUUAUCAUCAGUCCAGACGUGAAUGACAGUCUUCCUCCACAGUGACAAUAUUAUCGUAGGGGUAUAAGAUGAAAGUUGUUUUUAUUCAAGAGAGCAUUUAUCAAUGAGACUAAGGUUGUACUGUACUUAGAGUUAGGUAAAUGAUCAGUGUGCACCAGAAACAUUUUGCAACAUUCCACCACCUUGAUUAAAAAGGCUUUAUUUAUUAAUUGGCACUAUUUUGUACUGAACAGCAGUACAUGCAUAGCAAAAUUCUACAGGUAAAAGGG